CAGAUUAAGUUCAUUGCAGAAACAAUCAAUUAAAGAUCCUCCACAAUCAUAGUCGACCCCAAAUCCAUUUAGAUUUGAGAAGAAACUCGAAACACGAACGYCCAACGACUUCGAAAGUGAAAAUGAAUACUUACGGCCAAAUGACAGAAGCCGAGAAGAAGGCAGAGGAAAUGAGAAAGAAAGAUGCAGAGAAACUGGCACGACGAAAGAAAAAGUUUGAUGCAGCUAGAUUUGAGCACAUAGAAAAAACAAAUCAAAUAUACGGACAACCCAAGCCGCAACCAAAACCGGUAGAGCCCAACAGGAACGAAAAGGAAGAAAUCAAGAGAAAGGGAUGGAAUAUUUUCAAAAAGAAACCACCAAAAGAAUCAUCGAAAGCUGCACCGCAGGCGAUGGAAAAGAAAUCUCCGUCGGUUGAUGCACGAUCGGUAAAACCAGAGAUUUGCUCUACCCCCCUUGAAAUAGCACCUAAUUGGGCUUUCACUGAUAAGCAGAACGCACGUCCGCAGCCAAACGUAGGGCAUUCGUCCGAUCCAGAUUACAUGGCGACCAAAAAAAUACCAAAGAAUAUUGCCUCCACGGGAUCCAAGAAAGCAUCCGACGGUCCCGAACCUCCUAAGUACAAUACCGUUGGUUAUGGAACCGCAGGAAGAAAGGCUGGAACUGGUAUCUCCAGCACCAUCGCGGCCUUUCAACCCGGUGUUUUCAAACCCAAAACCGGUGAUCCAAGAAAGAUGAAGCAACCAAAGAUUGAAACAAGCACGAGCGAAUCGAUGGACGUUCGUGGCAACAUCACAAGAACCAUAACUCGAAAAAUCACUGAUCCCAAUGGAAAAGUGAGAACCGAGACAGAAGUGGUUCAAGUUCCAGCACGUCGAUAGCUAGAAGUACUAUAAUCACUGGGGGGAAAAGGAGACCUGGCUUGAAUUCAGUAACAAUUUUGUUAGAUUUCCAUCAUUUUUUCCGAAUCAUGUUUCUAAAUGCUACUUGUAUCAGUAACGGUAAGAUGUUGACGAGUGUGAGGAUAACACUGGAUUAACUGAUUCAUCGCCUCAUGUGGGCCAUUGCCGCUGCAUCAAACCUAAUUUGUGUUGGCUACGAUAUUUGUAAUGCCUUUGCUGAAGCUCUUUGUGAUCCUACAAUGGACUGGUGAUGAACUUCUUCACUAUGUGGAGACCAAAUCUGAAGCAAAUUACAGUGACUCACUGAGCAAACCCACUGGUCAUACUUAAUUCUAUGAACRUUCAGAUGUGUUCAUGGGUCGCCUACKACCGCAAUACAMGUACUUUCAACAA